AUGAUGGAACAAGACACAUCUGCCAUUACGGACAUUACCGACGGGGCCAAACGUCUGGCCCAAGAACUGGACCAGUACAUUGCGGCAGGUCCGAACCGCUCGGCCGUCACGGGCGACACUGCUGCUACUAGUAGUACGAGUGCUGCUGCUAAUAAUGCGACCUUGUCGAACGAUGCCAUUGCCGACCUUCAAUUGGCCACGGCACGAAAGUUGAGAGAGUUACUCCCCAACAACCGCGACCUUCUGCUUCUAGCACAAGAGAGGAAUUGGAUUCCUCUACUGCUGAGUUGGCUGAAUCUACACGACAGACCCGCGGUUCAGGUGGAAGCCUUGUUGGCAUUGACCAACAUUGCCGAGCUUUGCGCCCAACAGUCCUAUUUGCAAGCACAAACUUCCGCCGUUGCUUCGGCUACACAAGCAGCAGCCGCAGCUGCCAAAACCACUCCUCCGGCGCCCUUAUCGGCUCCUCUCUACUCCUUUGGAAAUACUACUACUAAUAGUAGUAGCAAUGCCAAAACAAACAACAACAACAGUUCUACGUCCACCACAACCACCUCGACCACUCCAGCCGCCACGUAUCCCUAUCCUUCUCUCGUAGCACCAGCUCCUGGCAGUGUUCCCUUUCCACCACUCUCCUUCUCACAGACACUCUCUCCGGAAGCCGUUGCCGCAUUUGAUGCCAGUCUCGUUUCCACCAUUCAAUCGGGCACGGAUGUCGCCAACACGUCGUCCACUUCCACCAACAGUGCCACUUCUACCAAUAGUAGUAAAAAGGACACCACCAAGACUGGUGUGGUUGCACCCGCGCAUUUUUCCAUGCCCCCCGCGCCCUUGUUUCCCACAUCUUCCUUACCGGGAUCUUUUCAACCACCCAAUCUCGCACAACAUUCGGGAGGCAUCAAUUUCACGUCGCUCGCGCCACCACCCAGUGGCGCCCACAAUAGUGUCCCCAGCAAUGCCUUUUUGCCGCCACCCACACCCAUUUCCACGAAACAGGGAACACUCUCGUUUCCACAACAAUUGUCUGCGUCCUCCCAACAUUUGUUACUACGACAUGCCGAUGCCAUUCCGACACUCAUUUCACUACUCUCGAGUCCCAAUCGAGAAGUCUACGAACAAGCCAUGUGGAUACUCGGCAGUAUUGCCGCCGGUGAUUCGCCAGGAACCAGUAGUACCAGUGGCAGUAAUUCGACGUCCAACAAUUCCUUGGAACGCGAAAAAUCCGUUUCGGCCCGGGAUGUCAUUCUUGCGGCCGGGGUCAUGAAUCAAUUGUUGAGUUUGUUGCCCGUUCUACGACGACUCUUGCGCACGGCCGAUGCCGAAGUACUCAGUUACACUUGUUGGACACUCUCGCAUCUCUGCGAUGGACCUUCGUCGCAUAUUGCUGCCGUUGUCACAUCGGAAGAUCCCAAAGAUCCCAAAUGUGGACUCGUGCCGCGACUGGUCGAACUAUUGACGCAUCCCAGUUGGCGUGUCACCAAACCGGCCCUUCGUACCAUUGGCAAUAUUGUCUGUGCCGAAUGCAGCGACGACAAUAAUAAUAAUCACGGCUCUUCCUCGGCAUCGUCCGCCGCCACAACCGAUUACACCGAAGUCAUUUUGGAAUGCGGCGCCGUUCCGCGCUUGAUGGAAUUGAUUACUCAUUCCAAUCGCGAAAUUCAAAAGGAAUCCUGCUGGACAUUGUCCAAUAUUGCCGCUGGCACGGUCGAUCAGAUUCAAGCCGUCAUUGAUUCUGGCGCCAUUCCGCCAUUGGUGAAACUCGUACGCGACAAAAAGACCGAUCAAGAAGUCCGCAGUGAAGCCUGUUGGGUGGUCCUCAAUGCGACCAGCUGUGGAAGUGAUUCGCAAAUUGAAAUUUUGGUCGAUGAAGGAUGUGUGGCGGUAUUAGGUGUGUUGUUGUCCGAAGCGAGUAUGGUCAUGAUGGCGUUGGAAGGACUCGAACGGGUGUUGCAAGUGGAAGAAACGCGGGAAAUGAUUCGACGAGAGCAAAUUGAAAGCCGCGAGAUUCGGGAUACCGAUGGAAAGCGACCCCCGAAUUUGGUCAGUGCGUCUCUGAUUGAACAAGCGCGAGAGAACCACAACAGCAGUGCCGUCACGAAACGGGCGGAUCGGAUCUGGAAGCAACACUUUGUUUCAUGCGCGUUGUGCAAACAGUCCUUUAGCAAGCAUCGUACCAGCGAUGCGUCGUUUUGUGAGGAAUGCAAGUGCUACGUGUGCUCGGGAUGCAACUGUCAAAUCUAUCACUUGUCGUAUCAAGAGGAACUCUGGGCUGCCAACGAGGAAAAGACGGAAAAGAAGAAAGAGGCCAAGAAGAGCAAGAACAAAAAGAAGAAGGAAAAGCUUAAACAGAAGAAAGCCAAGCAACAACAACCCACAAACACGCCCGAGGAGGAGUGCGAACUUGACAAGGAACCAACUAAGGAAGGCGUACAGUCGACAAUCAUUUCCCCGACAUCGGUGUCGUCCAGGGAUGAACGAAUGAAUGCGCCCCCUCCCAAGAAUCAGAUGGCUCCCGGUGAAAAGCAACCGGGUCCCGAGUUCGAAGCGGAAUCGAACGAACCAGAGCAGACAUCUGUUGAUUUGGUUCUGUACUUGCAACAGACUGGAAGCAUCAUUGCUCUUGCCAAAUUGAUUGACAUGCUUGAUUAUGGCGAAGAAGAAUCAGGCGCCUAA